AUGUCGUCCUCGUCACUUUUAACUACAGACUGGGUUUUGGGGGAUUUUUCAGCACGGGGACUGACGAGGCCAGAGGAAAUUACGGCCUGUAUGACCAGCACUGGGCUAUUAAAUGGGUACGAGAGAAAUUCUGAGGCGUUUGGCGGAGACCCUGAUCUUGUAACUCUCAUCAGUGAUUCAGCAGGAGGAGUUUUGGUGGAAUAUCAGAUGAUCUCUCCGCUAAAUCGCGGUUUGAUACAGGGAGUGAUAUCAGUGAGUGAGUCUCUGAACGUCAGUUUGGAGUUUUCGAAAAAGGCCGGAUGUGAUAUGUCUCGACCAAGAGCAAGACUCUUCUGCCUCCGCACUAAGGACGCUCAAGAAUUAGCAGAGAUAAGGGAAGAAGGUUUGCGUAAAGAACUCAACUGGCGACCAAAUAUAGAUGUAGUAUUCAUACCAAGGCACCCACGACACCUACGGGGAGAAAACUUGACAUCCCCGCUUCCAUAUAUGGUAGGUGCAACCUCCCAUGACAGCAGCAUUUUCACACUUCCUUAUGCAGGGAAUCCCCCCACUGUUGCACGGCAACGCUUCAAUCUCGAAACAUAUGCAUCAAUGUUCUAUCAGUUCAAGUUGAAAAGUGUGGAAAAGGCUGUUGCUAGGUCUUUGCUUCACGAAUACGGGCUUAUCCAAGACCCCAUGGAUCCUUUGGAUAUUUUGACUCGGGCGGUGCAGCAAAACACUGACUUUCUGUUUGGAAUGCCGGCAGAGGAGUCGGCGAGAUUACACGCAGCGGGAGGUGCCAAGCCUGACCCAAAUGUUGGUGACCCAGUCAGCGUCCAAUGGCCGGCAUACACAGCGUCUUCCAGACAAUUCAUCAAUCUGGACACGCCCACCACCGUGGAAACAUUCGAUAGGGAGCGCCAGUAUCUGUUUGCGACCGAGGUUCUUCCAGCUAUAGUGGCAGUGGGUAAAGAGGCUGACAUUGUGACCGCACGUCCACGUCAAUGCAAACCAUGCUCUAGGAGAAGAUAUUGGACACCCAGGAUCCUCAGAUGUCGGUCUUUCAACUGGUUAAUGAGGCAUGAUUAG